AUGGGGGAUGCUGCCGUAGACCCGAGGGAGAUGAGGAAGACCUUCAUUGUUCCAGCCAUCAAGCCCUUUGACCAUUACGAUUUUUCCAGGGCCAAGAUCGCCUGCAAUCUGGCCUGGUUGGUGGCGAAAGCCUUCGGGACAGAAAAUGUGCCAGAGGAACUUCGAGAGCCCUUUUACACAGAUCAAUAUGAUCAGGAGCACAUCAAGCCCCCUGUUGUGAAUUUGCUACUAUCAGCAGAACUGUAUUGUCGUGCUGGGAGUCUUAUUCUCAAGAGUGAUGCUGCAAAACCACUUUUGGGCCAUGAUGCUGUGAUCCAGGCCUUAGCACAGAAGGGCCUCUAUGUUACUGACCAAGAGAAAUUGGUAACCGAGCGAGAUCUACACAAAAAACCCAUACAAAUGAGUGCCCAUUUGGCCAUGAUUGACACCUUAAUGAUGGCUUAUACUGUAGAAAUGGUCAGCAUAGAAAAAGUAAUUGCAUGUGCUCAGCAGUAUUCAACAUUCUUUCAAGCAACUGAUUUACCCUAUGACAUUGAGGAUGCUGUCAUGUAUUGGAUAAAUAAGGUAAAUGAACAUUUAAAAGACAUAAUGGAACAAGAACAAAAAUUGAAAGAACACCAUAUAGUUGAAACUCCAGGAGGUCAAAAGGCUCGUUAUAGGAAAGAGCCAACGUUACUUAAGCAGCUUCCUUGCAUUCCGUUAGUAGAAAAUCUGUUGAAGGAUGGUACAGAUGGUUGUGCUUUAGCUGCCCUCAUCCAUUUCUACUGUCCUGAUAUUGUCAGAAUAGAAGAUAUUUGUUUAAAAGAGACUAUGUCAUUGGCUGACAGUCUAUAUAAUCUACAACUGAUUCAAGAAUUUUGCCAAGAGUAUUUGAACCAAUGCUGCCAUUUUACCCUUGAAGAUAUGCUUUAUGCUGCAUCAUCCAUAAAGAAUAAUUAUUUAGUGUUCAUGGCAGAACUGUUCUGGUGGUUUGAAGUUGUGAAGCCAUCGUUCGUACAGCCUCGUGUUGUCAUUCACCCACAAGCUGAACCUAUGAAAGAUAUGCCUUCUGUUCCAGUCUUGAAUGCUGCCAAAAGAAACUUUACAGAUGGUUCAUGCAGUUCUGACUUUCCUACAAGGGAAAGUACUGCAUUUUCACAAUCUCAUCAUCAUCUGCCUGCCAGAAAUCGAGGCUCUCAACCACCAUCUGAUUCAGGAGGAAUUAAAAGGUCUACAUCUAUGUCUUAUGUUGAUGGCUUCAUAGGGACAUGGCCCAAAGAAAAAAGAUCAUCAGUACAUGGAGUUUCAUUUGAUAUUUCUUUUGAUAAAGAAAAUAGUAUCCGGAAACCUGCUCCAAACAGAGGAAUCACUCGAUCUUUUAGUAAUGAAGGUCUUACACUAAACAAUAAUCGUAUACCUAAACACAUCAGGAAAAAUUUGUCCUUCAAGCCCGUAAAUGGAGAAGAGGAGACAGAAAGCAUAGAAGAAGAAAAUAAUGUUGAUUCCCAAAGUGACCUCAAAUCUUAUGUACCCCAUAGUACAACUGAACUAAAUUCUAAUGAAAAUAUUCAUUAUAAGCUUCCAAAUGGAGCUUUGCAAAAUAGGGCACCUCUAGAUGAGUUUGGCAACCAAAUUGAAACACCAAGCAUUGAAGAAGCCUUACAAAUAAUUCAUGAUACUGACAAAUCUCCCUGUGUGCCCCAAUCAGACCAAAUCACAAAUGGGUUCUUUCUUCAUAGUCAGGAUAUAUGUAUCCUUAAUUCAGAUUUCAAACUAAAUCCAUCUAGUCCUGACAUCAUAAGUGACACAAAAGGAACUCUGAGUCCUGUGACUGACACUACAGAGGUAGAUACUGGAAUUCAUGUUCCUUCAGAAGAUAUCCCAGAAACAAUGGAUGAAGAUUCUUCUUUGAGAGACUACACUGUUAGUAUGGACUCAGACAUGGAAGAACCCUCCAAGUUUAUUCAAGAUUAUGAUAUGCGAGUUAGCAACCAUAGGGAAGCUUUAAGUCCUUGUCCAAGUACUAUGAGUACGAGGUCUCAACCAGGUAGUAGUGCUUCUUCUAGUUCUGGAGUUAAGAUGACAAGCUUUGCUGAGCAGAAAUUCAGAAAACUCAAUCACACAGAUGGCAGAAGUAGUGGAAGCAGUUCUCAGAAAACAACCCCAGAAGGCUCUGAACUGAAUAUUCCUCAUGUUGUUUCUUGGGCACAAAUUCCCGAAGAAACAGCUCUUCCUCAGGGAAGAGAUACUACUCAGCUACUGGCUUCUGAAAUGGUCCACCUUAGGAUGAAACUAGAGGAGAAAAGGAGAGCCAUAGAAGCCCAGAAGAAGAAAAUGGAAGCUGCUUUCACUAAGCAGAGACAGAAAAUGGGCAGAACAGCCUUCCUUACUGUAGUGAAGAAGAAAGGAGAUGGAAUAUCUCCACUUCGGGAAGAAGCAGCUGGUGCUGAGGAUGAGAAGGUCUAUACCGAUCGAACAAAGGAAAGAGAAUCACAGAAAGCAGACAUACGGACUAAUAAGUCUGCAACAGAAGUAAUCAAAGACAGUAUUGAGAACUCUCAAGGCAAAUGGUUAAAGUCUCCAACCACACCUAUAGAUCCUGAAAAGCAAUGGAAUUUGGCCAGCCCCUCUGAAGAGACUUUAAAUGAAGGAGAAAUUUUAGAAUAUACAAAAUCCAUUGAAAAGUUAAAUUCAUCUCUUCAUUUUCUACAACAAGAAAUGCAACGUUUGUCAUUGCAACAAGAGAUGUUAAUGCAGAUGAGGGAACAGCAAUCUUGGGUAAUUUCACCUCCACAGCCUUCUCCACAAAAACAGAGUAGAGAGUUUAAAUCUUCAAGGCAAACAGGACUGUCAUCUCCAAUUGUGCCAUUCUCUUCAGACUCCCCUCGACCAACUCAUCCAUCUCCACAGUCCUCUAACAGGAAGGGCUCCUCCUUCCCUGUUAAAAUUCAAAGAACUCCUAGACCAAAUGAACUUAAAAUAACUCCUUUAAAUCGCACCUUAACGCCCCCCCGGUCUGUAGAUAGCCUUCCUCGGUUGCGGAGAUUUUCACCAAGUCAAGUUCCCAUUCAGACUAGAUCUUUUGUAUGUUUUGGAGAUGAUGGAGAGCGUGUAUGUGAACCUCAGUUAAAGGAAUCUAAACCUGCAGAAGAAGGAAAGGAGGAAAUGGAAUCUAAAGGGUCUUUGGAACAUCAUGUUCACAAACUAGAGGAAAAGGAGCUCAAACCUGUGGAGUCAACAGUUUCUGAAAUACUGUCACAGCCUGUUACAGAGACUGUAUGUCUUACACCAAAUGAAGAUCAUCAAAUAAACCAACCUACCGUACCAUCUCAGACUUCCACUUUGCCAGCUCCAGCUCCUAAAAAUGUUAAUUUAAUUGAAGUUUCUCUCUCUGACUUGAAACCUCCUGAUGAUAAGACUGAUAUAUCUGUUGAAAAAUAUGAGGGAGAAAGUGAUAAAGAACAAUUUGAUGAUGACCAGAAAGUAUGCUGUGGAUUCUUUUUUAAGGAUGAUCAAAAAGCAGAGAAUGAUAUGGCAAUGAAACGGGCAGCUCUGCUUGAGAAACGAUUGAGAAGAGAAAGAGAGACCUUGCUUCGAAAACAGCAGCUAGAAGCAGAAUUAGAGCAUAAGAAGGAAGAAACAAGGCGUAAAACUGAGGAAGAACGCCAGAAAAAAGAAGAUGAAAGAGCACGUAGAGAAUUUAUUAGGCAAGAAUAUAUGAGAAGAAAGCAGCUGAAACUCAUGGAAGAUAUGGACACAGUGAUUAAGCCCCGCCCUCAUACAACCAAACAAAAAAAGCCACGUCCAAAAUCCAUCCACAGGGAUCAUAUUGAAUCGCCUAAAACACCAGUCAAAGGUCCACCAGUCUCUAGCCUUUCUUUGGCAUCACUGAACACAGGAGAUAAUGAGAGCAUCCAUUCAGGCAAGAGGACACCAAGGUCAGAAUCUGUAGAGGGCUUCUUAUCUCCAAGCCGGUGUGGUAGCCGAAAUGGUGAAAAAGACUGGGAAAAUGCUUCUACCACCUCCUCGGUGGCAUCUGGGACAGAGUAUACAGGACCAAAGCUAUUCAAAGAACCCAGUGCAAAAUCCAAUAAGCAUAUAAUACAAAAUGCAUUAGCUCAUUGCUGCUUGGCUGGAAAAGUAAAUGAAGGUCAGAAGAAAAAAAUAUUAGAGGAAAUGGAGAAGUCUGACGCCAACAACUUUUUAAUCUUGUUCCGGGAUUCAGGCUGCCAAUUUAGGUCUCUAUAUACCUAUUGCCCAGAAACAGAAGAAAUCAAUAAACUGGCUGGGAUUGGCCCUAAAUCUAUCACUAAAAAAAUGAUAGAAGGGCUUUAUAAAUAUAACUCUGACAGAAAGCAAUUUAGCCACAUACCUGCUAAGACCAUGUCUGCCAGUGUUGAUGCAAUUACCAUUCAUAGUCAUUUGUGGCAGUCCAAGAGACCAGUAACACCUAAGAAACUUUUAACCACUAAGACAUAGUAAUUGGGGAAAAGAUUUGCUUCAGAACACUUGUGAUAUAUUUGCACUUCAUCUUCUUGCCUAUCAAAGAUAAGUUUUUGGUUGCCAACAAGACUUUUAUUACUUAAAACUGGACACUGAGCUCUUUUGAUGUCACGCACAACUGGAAUGUAAACCACAGUAUUUGGGAGUUCAGAAGAUUGUCGCUUUGGUGAGAAGUUCAAGUGAUCAUGGGAAUGUACUGAUUCACAUGGAGAUUUGUACAUGGUAAUAGAGGGUGCAGCUGCACGAUAUAAGGUUUGAUACACAAGCACUGAAUGUUCAUCUGU